UCAGCUGUGCUGCACCAGCCCCAAGCACAGACACCAAGCCAGGCGAAGAUGGACACGUCUCCUGCCCUGCUCCUGCUGCUCACUCUGGGAUUCUGCUGCCCUGGGAUUUAUGGCCAGUCACUUCAGAUAAAGGUCAGGUCUCCCAAGGACAUCACCCAGCUCUGGGUGGGACAGAAGCUGGAACUGGAGUGUCACACUGACAAGAACCAUGGGGCAUCCUGGAUCCGCCAGGACAGGAGUGGGACCCUUCACUUCAUUGUCUUCAUCAACCCCAUGGCUCGGGCCACAUUUGAGGGGAGUCAGAGGACAUCACAUCGCUUUGAGGCGAGCAAAGACAACACAAUCUAUCGGUUGGCAGUGAAAUCUUUCACACCACAGGACGAGGGGAGCUAUUUCUGUGUGAUGAAUUUUAACCAAAUGCUGCACUUCAGCCCUGGCCUGCAUGCCUUCCUUCCAGUCAUCACCACAGUGGCACCCAGCACAACAGGACCCACCACCCAGCAUGGCAUCACUAAGUACCCCGACCUCACGACUCCAGAUCCAGAGGGAAGAAUGCAGGAAAAUCUGAAUUUCUUCUGCCACAUCUUCAUCUGGGUGCCCUUGGCAGGUGCCCUCCUCCUGCUCCUCAUCGCCCUGGUGAUCACCAUCGUGCUGUGUCAACAAACCAGAAGACGAAGAUGCAGGUGUAAGAGACCUGCAAAUGGGAAGCCCCCCAAGAAACCCAGGACUCCAAACUAACAAAGAUCAGCAUCUGCUCCUCGUGGCUUCUGGAUCUUCUCCUGGGAGCUGUCAGCACAGAAAUCCAUCAUCUCCUGCAUUAUCCACAAGGCCACUGCACCUCAGCCACUCUGCCCUGACAGGUUUGAGGAGAGGAGAGGGAGCACAGACACACGGACAGGGAGCAGAAGCUCCCUGCGAGCUGCAGGGUAAAGCACAGCUCCUUCCAAACCCUGAGCUCCUCUCAAAGGUCACCUCUGCUCCAGGACAGGGCUCAGGCACUAGAGCCAGGCCAAUUCUCAUGCUGACACACCUCAGUGAGAAGCUGGUGAGAAAAGAGGGCAUGAGCUGGACCUUUGCUCAAGGUCUGAGAUUUCCUCCCAAAAUGCAGCCAGAGGUGGAAUUUGCUACACAAAACCUUAAAAAUAAUUAUCCUCACUCAACACGUCUUCUUGCUGUGGUGCCUCUCUCCUAGGGUUUUUAUUGUUUCAUGUAAUGGAAUACAAGAUUGCAUUGAGAAGCUAAAUAUGGAUUAAUUGCCUUACUUUUGAGGUUUUUACAGUCCUGGGGGCUAAGGUUCACCACUCCCCUCACACUAUCCUUAU